UAGUUCCUCGCAUCUUCCUCUACUAACCAACCCUAACAUAACAGCACGAGUCCUGACUCCAGACAGAUGACACCAAACACUCGUCUUUCUGCUUUAAACAUCCCACCCCUCGUACCUUCUCUCCCCACACUAUUAAGCCUAUUUCUCAAUUGCGCUCGAGUUGACCGAUCCACCCCUCGCAAUUCCCACAAAGUCACCAUCAUCUCCAGCGAACCCACAGAGAAGAUAAAAGACAGCAAAUCAGUAUCUCCAAUUGUAUAGAAUUCGGUGCUCAAUCAAAACUAAAAAGAAGAAGAAGAAGAAGAAGAAGAACCUGAUUAAGACAGACAAUGCACGCCAAGACAGACUCAGAGGUCACUAGUCUAGCACCAUCAUCCCCGACAAGAUCUCCUCGCCGGCCAGUCUACUACGUACAGAGCCCAUCACGUGACUCUCACGAUGGAGAGAAAACCACGACGUCGUUUCACUCCACUCCUGUACUCAGCCCCAUGGGGUCCCCACCUCACUCUCACUCCUCUGUUGGCCGCCACUCGCGCGAGUCCUCCUCAAGCCGGUUUUCCGGGUCGCUGAAACCUGGAUCGCGCAAGAUCUCACCAAAUGAUGCGUCUAGAGGGGGUCAAGGAAAGGGACAAAAGCAGUGGAAAGAGUGUGAUGUUAUUGAAGAAGAAGGACUUCUUGAAGAUGAAGAGCGUCGAAAGGGUCUCCCUCGUAGAUGCUAUUUUCUUGCUUUUGUUCUUGGUUUCUUUAUCUUAUUCUCUCUCUUUUCUUUAAUUCUUUGGGGUGCUAGUAAGCCACAAAAACCCAAGAUUACAAUGAAGAGUAUUACAUUUGAGCAAUUUAGGAUCCAAGCCGGGUCUGAUUCAACGGGAGUGGCAACUGAUAUGAUCUCGGUGAACUCUACAGUGAAAAUGACCUAUCGUAACAAAGGAACAUUUUUCGGCGUCCGUGUAACAUCAACACCUCUUGAUCUUUCCUACUCUGAAAUCACUAUUGCAUCAGGAAAUAUCAAGAAGUUUUACCAAUCAAGGAAGAGCCAGAGACCCGUGGCAAUACCUGUCAUCAGCAACAAAAUACCAUUGUACGGAAGUGGAGCUGGGCUGAGCAGUUCAACAGGGACAACCACAUUACCAGUGCCUCUAAAAAUGAACUUCGUCGUUAGAUCAAGAGCUUAUGUUUUGGGAAAGCUGGUUAAAACAAAAUUUAACAGGAAAAUUGAGUGUGAUUUUACUUUUGAUCCAAAGAAGCUCAACGUCCCAAUUUCUCUCAAGGAGGCUUGCACAUAUGAUUGAUGGUGAUCAGUCAACACGUGAAGAGGAAUUUCAUAUUUUUUUCUUUAAUUUUAAUUUCAUAUUAUUGGUUUGUUUUUGCUGAGGAGAAGAAUCAAGAAAGUGGAAAUGGAAAACAGCUCAGUGGGUAAAGUGGGCAAGGGGUGAGCGACGCGGAUUUGGACUUUUUUUGGUUUACCCAGCUGGCCAGAGAGUGAAGAGUGAAAAGAGAACGUUGGCUUCGGCGAUGCCUUGUGAGCCACUCUCCAUUUGUUUCUAUUUCUUUUCCCCAAAUAUAUAUAAACAAGAAAUUAAUGUAGAAGUAAGUAGUGAUUCAUGUAUCAGUGCUACCGUUCGUGUAAUUACAUUCUUUGAUAAAGUUUACAUGUUGAUUUUC